UUUGUUCUGACCCACAUCGGCCGACAUUACCGGUUUCCCUUGACCCUCCUUACGUGACAAUAUAUAAUGUUCCAGUAGGCCUCGUCUAGCAGCUACCGAAGCACCGGACCAUAACAAGGGAAGGGUUGGAGAUACGAACAGCUGCGAUGUUUAUCAGAAGCGAGAUGACACUCACAUACGCACACAGCGUCGUGCUGGCAUUUCUCACUCUUACUGGAGUUACGCUACCGGGAGAAGCGCAUGUAAGCAAACCCAAUAUCGUUGUGAUAUUAGCCGAUGAUUCCGGCUGGGGCGACCUGUCCGUGUAUGGACACGCGAGUCAAGAAUGGGGUCGACUGGACGACAUGGCCAGCGAAGGACUUCGAUUCACUAACUUCUACACUUCGUAUCCGAUCUGCUCACCGAGUCGAGCUAGUCUAUUGACAGGUAGACUGCCUAUUAGAACGGGAAUCUACCGUCCAUUGGGAGCAAACGACAUAAUCGAAGUUGUUAUUCCAAUGAAUACGGGUGGCUUGCCUGCGGACGAGCUGACCAUCGCUGAGCUCCUGAAGAAGGGAGGAUACAGGACAGGAAUGGUUGGCAAGUGGCACCUGGGUAUUAACAAGUAUAAUUCGAGCGAUGGAACGCAUCUGCCUAAAAACCAGGGAUUUGAUUACGUUGGAACGAAUCUGCCUUUUACGAUGGCGUGGCAUUGUGACGUGAACAAAGUACACAUGGCAGCCCCUGACACUGACUGGUGCUUUCUGUACGAAGGCGACCGCGUAGUUCAGCAGCCUAUAGACACGCACUUCAUGACGGGCGCGAUAGUGCGCGACGCUGUGGAAUUCAUCCGAAGCAACGCCGAUGGAACGCCAUUCUUCCUUUACUACCCCAUGACGCAGACACACACGGACCUGGGCGUGAUGCCGCGGUUUAAAGGCGUGUCGAAAAACGGUAGGUAUGGAGACAACGUCGCCGAAAUGCAGUGGGCAGUUGGAGAGAUUCUAGAUGCGCUCAAGGAGGAAGCGCUGGAGAAAAACACACUUGUGAUAUUCACAUCAGAUAACGGCCCGCACCUGGAGCUUUGUGAAGAGUCAGGAUCGGCGGGAAUCUUAAAGGGAGGAAAGGGUCAAACGUGGGAUGGAGGAGUUAGGGUGCCAGGUAUUGCCUGGUGGCCAGGAACAAUCACACCAGGCAGAACAUCAAAGGUUGUCCUAAGUGUAACGGACUUGCUGCCAACAUUUGCAAACCUAGCAGGAAUUAAGCUACCCGAUGACAGGAUUAUAGACGGGAAAAGUUUCCAUAGGGUGCUACUCGGAGAGCACACAGCAAAGGUUCAUGAUAUAUUGUACUUCUACUGCGACGAGAGGAUCAUGGCAGUACGCUACGGCGACUUCAAGAUACACUUUUACACCCAGGCGGUUAUUCAAACAGAGCAUUACACGAACGAGAGAAACUGCGUAAAUGGUGUCCCUCAGAAAGCAUUGCUGUUUACUUGCAAGGAUUGCGACUCGCCAUGCGUGACUGCACACAUACCACCAUUGAUUUACAAUAUUGAGAAUGAUCCAAGCGAAAAGUUUUCGCUACCCGCCCACAACUACGAAGACGUGCUCAGAAACGUAAGCCGCCUAAUGGCGGCUCACUCGCGAACACUUACGGGGAUAAAUAAGAGAGCAUCGGAGUUGGCUAAGCCCAUGUCUGAUGCAGUUGUAACGUGCUGCGAUCCGCCCGCUUGCAAUUGUAACUACCCUGGUCAGACUGGCAAAUCCAGGUCGAACUAUUAAAAAAAGAGUAAUGAAAUUCGUAGUGCAAUCGUUAAUGCCAACAAUGAAAACGCUUCAAUGCAAAAAACUCAACCUUUAGUUGCGCUGAUUAUUUCAUUAUUGAUAGUAAAUAUACCCAUUACUGCGAGUUAGAGUAUAUAUACGGAAGGAUGGUAACAUUACCUAACUAUGGAAGAAGUAAUUGAUUAACAAUUAUGUAGCUAAGGUUCUGCCAUGUGACUGUCUUUAGGUGCAAAUCAACAAAUAAAACAAGCUUUCGCGUGUCAUCUCGACA